GGCGGGGAAUUGACGCGAGGGACGGGCCGCUCGUCCAAUCGCAAGUCUCGGGCUCUGCCUCCCCCUCCUGCGUCCCGCCCGCUGGGUCCAUGUGCCUGCAUCUGCCGAGACAGAGCUAAGCCUGGGAGUUAGUUGGGCGGCUCUGCCUUAACUGGAGGGAGGGAAGGAAGAGCGGCUCCUACUCCGGCUCGGGUUCGGGCUCCGGCUCCGGCUCCGGCUCCGGCUCCGGACCGAAGGGCGGACCCCUACCCCCUCUUGGGGGAAGCGCGGAGCGGACGGGCAGGUGGGGCCAUGGCCAGGACCCAGGCGCGCCGGCCCCGGGGGCGCUGACCGGACAGAGGCUGCUUCUCCCUCGACUUUCCCACGAGCCCGCAGAGCGCCCGGGAACCCACCGGCUGACUCCCCCGUAGGCAUUCCCUCCCCAGCCAUCGAGGGCUGCCGCCCGCCCCGCCGGAGCAGGGGCUCCUCCCGGCCGGGCUGGGAGCGCCCGCCCGCCCCCCGCCGUCCCUCCCUGCCUCCCCCCAGGGGUCGGGGAGCCCGCCCCCACCCCCGGGCCAUGCCAUGCCUCUGGACUCACAGGACAUGCUCUACAUCGUGCUGGAGCUGGUCAUCGCCGCGCUCUCCAUCGCGGGCAACGUGCUGGUGUGCUGCGCCGUGGCCACCAACAGCACCCUGAAGACGGCCACCAACUACUUCCUGGUGUCCCUGGCCGUGGCCGACAUCGCCGUGGGGCUGCUGGCCAUCCCCUUCGCCAUCACCAUCAGCGUGGGCUUCUGCACCGACUUCCACAGCUGCCUCUUCCUCGCCUGCUUCGUCCUGGUGCUCACCCAGAGUUCCAUCUUCAGCAUGCUGGCUGUGGCCAUCGACAGGUACCUGGCCAUCAAGAUCCCGCUCAGGUACAAGAGUUUAGUUACUGGGACCCGGGCGAGAGGGGUCAUUGCUGUACUCUGGAUUCUUGCUUUUGGCAUCGGCCUGACUCCUCUCAUGGGCUGGAACGGCAGGGCCAAUGCCACCAGGGACUGCACCGACGGGCCCACGAACCUGAGCUGCUGCCCCGUGAAAUGUCUCUUUGAGAACGUGGUCACUAUGACCUACAUGGUCUACUUCAACUUCUUUGGCUGCGUCCUGCCCCCACUCCUCAUCAUGCUGAUCAUUUACGUCAAGAUCUUCCUGGUGGCCUGCCGCCAGCUGCGGCGGAUGGAGCUGAUGGACCACUCGCGGACCACAUUGCAACGGGAGAUCCACGCGGCCAAGUCCCUGGCGAUGAUCGUGGGCAUCUUCGCUCUGUGCUGGCUGCCCGUGCAUGCCACCAACUGUAUUACCCUCUUCAACCCUUACUUUGCCUCGACCAAGCCCAAGGAGCUCAUGUACACGGUCAUCCUCUUGUCCCAUGCCAACUCCGUCGUCAAUCCCAUCAUCUACGCCUACCGGAUCAGGGACUUUCGCUGCACGUUCCGCAAGAUCAUCUCAAGGUACAUCCUCUGUCAGACAGAUGACCUCCCCAAGAGUAACAACGGACAGUCGGGGACGGUGCAGACCCUCGAUGCAGACGUGUGAGUCCCGCUGCCAAGGCCGUGGGACACGUGACCCCCGACAGGCCCUGCGCUGAGCGCCCUGGCUGAGUCUCACUGGUGACGCGCAUGUCCCGGCUGCCCGUCGUGAGCCCGUCUGGUCUGACUCUCCAUCUAAGUAAACAGAUGAUUGUCUCCAAGGGCCGACAAAUGGAAACGUACCUUUGUGGUAUCUGGUGUGGACCGGAUGAGGCCGGGGACUCUGAAGGAGGCUGAGAGACUAUUGGCCAAGGACGCCAUUUUUCUCAACAGGCUCCUUGCCAUCCGCCCCAUCGUUUUUGAUGUGCUGACUAUUAUUCUCUAAUAGGAAAGGAUUUCAGCCACUACUACUGUGAACUCCCCAACUCAGCAGUAAACGAUGGGGAAACACAAGACUUUGGCUCUUCUGCCAGACGGGAAACCCCGCACCCCCAGAAGUAGCCAGAAGAACACUACGCACAGGCAUGGGUGGAGAGGAGGACCUGGGGAUGGAUGGGCUCGGGAGGAAAAUCUUGUUCAAGCUUGUAUUUAGUAACAUUGUGCUUGUCAUACUGGAGAUAGCGGCUUUUUCUCCCCUCUCUUAGAGAGAAGGGCCGUCCAGGGGGCCCAAGAACAACAGAGGAGACGGAGGCCAUCUCCCCUUCUGGGGGUGGGUGGGUGGGUUUGCCUGCUUAACUUUGGCAGGGAAGAGAAAGCUGUGGCAGCUGCUCUUUGCUUCUGGUCCGGCCCACCCCAGCAGAAUUGAGCAAACCAAAAAGACGGGCAAAGAAAUGGCUGAGCUCAAACUGUGAGAUUUAACUUCAUUUCCAGUAUGUGUCCAGAUGUAGUAUUAGCUCAAAGCUAAAGGUAAUUUAAAUGAAUUAAAAAUAAAGCCUUUUUUUUGGAUAAGAAUUUGAAUGUA